AACAAUUGGCUGAAGGCGCUCUGAGGUCACAAUCUCACGAUCCGGGAACAGCAGGCUUCAAAAGGAACAAUCCUGUAACACGGGACUCAGCUUCCUAUGUGGUCCUGUAACACCGAAAGACAAAGCAGAGCAAGGGAUGAACUGAGCCUGUCCCCAGGCAGUGCAGUGGCAGUGGGUGUCCAGGAGCCUCUGGGUGCAGGACAUCUCCAGGCUUUGUAUCUGUGGUGAGAGAGAGGUGCCAGGCUACUUCCAAGCAGUCUCAGCUCUCUCCCGAGAUGGUGGAUUAUUACAAAAUCCUUGAACUGCAAAAAAGUGCCUCCCAGGAUGAUAUCAGGAAAUCCUACCACAGACUGGCACUAAAAUGGCAUCCUGAUAAGAAUCUCACCAACAAGGAGGAAGCCGAAAAUAAAUUCAAAGCUGUCACUGAGGCAUACAAAAUUUUGUCUGACCCUCAGAAACGAUCACGCUAUGACAGAUCUGUCAAGGAGAGCCGAUCCCAUAUAGGAAGAAGAGCCACGGGGGACCAUAACAACUUCUUUGAUAUCGCUUACAUAUUCCAAGACCCCGAAAAUAUCUUUAGGGAAGUCUUUGGAGGGAUGGAUCUCUUCAACAACAUCAGAAACAGUGGAAGAGGAAGCAGCUCCAGUUUGUAUUCUGGAUUGAUGCAGUCCUUUAUGCCAUUUACUUCAUUCGGUCACAGUGGGCAGACCAUCUUCUCCUUCGUUGAGGAAACAGCUGGGCCGCGUAGUUUCAGAUCAGUCUUAACCUCUACUGAAGUGGUCAAUGGCAAGAGGAUCACCACCAGGAAAAUCAUUGAAAAUGGGCAGGAGAAGAUAGAAAUUGAAGAAGACGGCCGGUUGAGGUCUGUGUCAGUAAAUGGAAAAGACCAGCUGAAGCUGUAAUGUCCCCCAGCACACACAUCAGAUGCAAGCUGUGGGACAUGCUCUCAUUGCUCAACGAAUGGAAUCUACUGUGAGCAGUGUUAAUAAAAGCUGAGUUCGUGGCACAACUGAUGUCAGCUUCUGAACAGCCUGGA